CAGUUCCAUCCUAGCCUGUGAUCACCCGCUGUGCCGCUGUCCAUGUCGCUCGCCUCCCCCAUCACCACCAUGUCGUUUCUCUCACUCCCCAAUUAAUUCUUCCCCUUGAGUCUACUCCGCCUUGGUAUAUGCUCGCUCACUUUUGGUAUAGACGACCUGCUUUUGCUGUUCAGCUGCGCCCGUCCUUGUGUAGACUGGUCCAUUCUCGAAUUCCUCCUGGUGUUCACCAUCCUUCCGUCUUUGCCCCAAACCCACCCACAGACUCCAUGGCUCCUCCGGCGCACCCUGAUCUUCCUCGCCCUGCUCACGCUGACCGUGACUCUGCCCUCGGACGAAAGUUCGGUAAAGAGGUCACCAAUUAUUUUGGAGGCUCUCCACUGAACCGACUGUCCUUCCUCCGCGACGACUAUGACUUUUUGAAACAAGCCUUCGCCCAUCCCUCGGCUAGGUUCAUCCCCUAUAAGAACUUGAACCCUGUCAUCAACUCUCCGAGCGAAAUCUACCAUGCCACCUACGACGAGAUCAAGUCCUUGUUACCCUUCAAUCCCUUUGAAAAGCCCGAGAAAGAGCAGAUUCAGGACUUUGAUUCUCGAAUAGACGUGCCUCAGGUCGUCUUCCUGGGCUUCGAUGAAAGUGUCAAAGAUGGCAUGUCCUUCAAGGUCUUCACCGGCUCGCCUCACUGGGCCAUCGACAUUACACCCAAGCCAACGUACGAAAAGGAAGCCAAUGAGCUGUCUGAGAAAUUCCAGACUCAAGGCCUGAAAUUCAGCGAGGGCAUGAGAGCCAUGAGUUUCCCUGCCGACGUUGCGGCCGAGUAUGCCCAAGGGCGGCAUUAUCUUGACUGGAAUUACCGCAAUACUUUCUGUGGAACCUGUGGUCACAAGACUUUAUCUGUGCAUGCUGGAGGCAAGCGCGUCUGUCCACCAACAGACAAGGCCGAGACCCCCCAGGAGCGAGAACCCUGUUCUACUAGAACAACCUUGUCCAACUUGACGUUCCCCCGAACAGAUCCCACCAUCAUCGUCGCCGUCCUGAGCCAUGACAGCAAGAGGUUACUCCUGGGUCGUCAGAAACGUUGGCCUCCAUAUUGGUUCUCCACUCUGGCUGGUUUCAUCGAGCCCGCUGAGAGUGUCGAGGAUGCUGUCCGUCGGGAGGUCUGGGAGGAAAGCGGGGUUGUCUUGUCGCGGGUCCUCGUUCAUUCCACCCAGCCCUGGCCUUACCCAGCCAAUCUGAUGAUCGGUGCCAUCGCCCAGGUCGCCAGUCCUGAGGACGAGGUCAUUAAACUGGAAUACGAUCCUGAGCUGGAGCUUGCCAAGUGGUUUACGCUUGAGGAGGUCCAAGAGGCUCUCAAAUAUGGCACCAGUGGCUUAGGUGACCCCGCCCCAGAAGGAUAUAAGGAAGGAGGGCUCAGACUGCCACCACCCACCGCCAUUGCCAAUCAGUUGAUCACUGCCGUUGUCGAGGGUGGCUUCUUACAAGGAGUCACCCCGAUCACUGGGAGUGGCAAGUUGUGAUUCACGGUCGUUUUGACCACCACUGGUCCAUUGGUCUAGUGCCUCGACGGGAUACCUACUAGACCAUAGGUCAUAGAUCGUCAUAGACAGACUUGGUAUAUGUUUGCUACAGAAAUCCUGUCGCCUUUCAUGGAGCAGCAUUUUAAAUCAAGGGGGUCAUUGUGU